AUGUCUUGGGAUAGUUUGCCCUUCUUUAAUGAGGAGCGAAUCGAUGAGUUGGAAAAUCAGUUUAUAAUACGCUUUCCAGAGGUGCAGGCGAACGUUGUGCAAGAUGCCAUAGAUGCGGGUAAUACCAAUGAGGUAUUAUCCAUUCAUAUGUAUAAUGAUAUGCGAAACGCUGAGGUUUGGGUGAACUCAAAUCAGUUGUACGCCAAGCUGGUUGAUUUGCCCAACCUAGUGGAGAGCUAUAAGACAACCGACAAUGUCAAUUUAUAUAAAACGGCUGAUAUCUGUCAACUGCUUGUUUGCUCUGAAGACCGACCAAGAGAUUGGGAGAAGAAUUUACCAAAAUAUGACGAUGACGAGCAACUAAAUGCAUUUGACAAUGAGCUAGGAAUGAAUGCAGAUGAUUUCGACCUAAACUUUUUGUAUCAAUUUCCAUUUGGUUGUUGGGAUAAUGCGGAUUUUGAGUUAGGGCCAGAUGAGGAAAAUAUAGGUCUCAAGAUAUACAGUUCAGAUACUGGAAAACAUGGCAAGCAAAACCAAAAACAAACAGAUAAUUUAGUACCUAAGAAGCGCGGGAGACCCCGCAAAAAUGCUGCGACUGAAAUGCAGAUGCCGGGAUUACAGCAGGAGGCGGGUGGAGAACAGAUGCCGAUCGUAAUGCCGACUCCGGCUCCGACUCCGAUCGUAAUGCAGAAUGAAAAUGUACCUAAGAAGCGCGGUAGACCCCGCAAAAAUGCUACGACUGAAAUGCAGAUGCCGGGAUUACAGCAGGAGGCGGGCGGAGAGCAGAUGCCGAUCGUAAUGCCGACUCCGACUGGAGUGCAGAAUGAAAACGUACCUAAGAAGCGCGGUAGACCCCGCAAAAAUGCUACGACUGAAAUGCAGAUGCCAGGAUUACAGCAGGAGGCGGGCGGACAGCAGAUGCCGACCGUAAUGCCGACUCCGGUUGGAAUGCAGACUGAAAACGUACCCAAGAAGCGCGGGAGACCGCGCAAGAUUCCGGUUGAAAUGCAGACGCAGGGUAUCACUUGCUUUUUUCCUCUCGGAAGGAAGAAUGUGCUCGGAAUGCAGCCGCCGAUGGGAAUGCAGAGUCCGGGCACUCAGCAAACGCCGCUCGAAAUGCCGACUCCUGUUGGAAUUCAGCCGCCGGCUGACGAGUCGCCGAGCAUCAGCCGCUUUUUCCCUCUCGGAAGGAAGGCGCUCGGAAAGCAGUCACCGAUCGGAAAUCAGUCCCCGAUCGGAAAGCAGUCCCCAAUCGGAAAGCAGUCCCCGGUUACACAGCAGAUGCCGGGCACUCAGCAAAAGCCGCUCAAAAUGCCGACUCCUGUUGGAAGUAAGCCGCCGGCUGAUGAGCCGCCGAGUAUCAGUCGCUUUUUUCCUCUCGGAAAGAACACACUCGGAAUACCGACACCGGCUAUGAAUCAGGAGCCAAUGGCGCGUGGAAUGCAGACACCGAUCGGAAUGCAGAUGCCGGCUUCACCACAGUCAUCGGACGAAGAGAAAACAUCGAAUAAGAAACAGAAGAUUGAUAAAAAAGGUAAGGAGCCGAAGUCGGGGGAAAACCAGAAGCCCGAUAAGAAGAACAAGUCUGAGAAUCAACAGAAAUCGUCGGGAAAAGAGCAGCAGUCGGGUGGAAACCAACAGCCGGGUAAGGAGCAAAAGGCGGAUAAAAAGGACAAGUCCGAUGCCGAUAAAAAGAUGCCGACUCCGAUUGGAAUGCAGACGCCAGUCAAUAUGCCACCGCGUAGCGGAAUGAAUGCUCCGUUCGAUAUGUCGACGCCGAUCGGAAUGUGGGCACCGAACCAAAUGUUUACUCCGGACGAUAUGUUUAAUCUGAACGAAAUGAUGCCGCCGGGCGAAAUGUGGAAUCCGGACGAUAUGUGGUCGCCUGUUGGAAUGCAAACUCCGUUUGAUCUGAUGGCCCCACUUGGAUGGUGGUCGCCACACGGUUUGGAGACGUCGACUGAAGCAGGCAGCUUUGGACCUAGCUUUUUUGGAGAAAGACCAAAGUCACCAGAAGAAGAGAAUACUGAUGAAAUUGUGAAAGUGGAUGAUAAAUACCUGUGGCCCCAUGGCCUCUGUCCACCCUUUCGUCAUGUGCGCAGGCGUCGCAUAAGGAACGCUAUGAGAUCUAAGACAGUUGAUCCACCAGAGCCAGAAUUGGUGCGCGAGCUCAAAGCCCUUUUGCGCAUGGAUAACGAAGCAGUGCGUGUGGAAUUCGAGGUGCUUACUGAAGACACAACUAUGCCAGAUUUGCCAGAGCUGAAUCUAUCCGAUACCUCAACCAGCAACUCCGAUUCAGAAGAAUCAGGGAAGUAAAUCAAAUAAUUAA